AUGUGUGCCACGUCUCUCAAUGCUCGCGAGAAAAAGAUCGCGAUUGAGGCCUUGCUCCUCGCCAAAAGGUCUCACGACACCUUGUCGUCGGCAUGGGCUGCCUCGAAAGAAAAGGUUCGGCUGGCAGAGAACGACGACGAAGCCAAGGAAUACUGGGCCAAGUUUGAGGGCGUGCGGGCACAGUACGCUUUGAUCGAUAAGAUCGCCCAGCAGAAGGAGCAGCUGGCACGAAAAUGGAGGCCGUCGAAGGUGAUUUACAUUGACGAUGACGAGGAGGACUCUGUUCGGGGAUAUAACGACGCGACAGAAUCGUCUCCAGAGGCUAUCGAGAUUCGCAACAUACAUCCGCAGAAGUCCGUGCAGACCAGCGACGAAAUGAGCGUCGGCCGCAAGACUUCCACCUCAGCCAUACCGCAUUUGAGUCUCGACGAACUCCUGCGGUCGACCGUCUCUAUUCGUCGACAUCGAAAGAAGCAAGGAACCAAGCGGCGAGCGGAAGAAAUUGAAGACGACCCCUUGUCCAUUAAAAAGACAAGCUCAAAGCAAGUCUGUUCAGCGGCCACGAACAAACGAGCAACGGCAGAAACAUCCUAG